UCUAAACUCUGAAGUCCCGAAUGAAUUCAAAAUUGAAUGUGGAAGGAAAACAGUGUGAUUGAAUAGUGUGAAGAUGGCGAUGGAAGUGGAACUCAAUCAGAAUCAGCAAUUAGGGUUUCCCUUCUGGAAACCGCUUCGUCGCAGGUUCCGACCAGACUCUCCUUUCUUCGCUCCCGGCAACCUCGAACGAGAACUUCUCGCCAAACAGGUUGCUUUGGAAUUAACUGAAGAGAAGCAACAGCUUGAGAAAUGGAUGCAAGAGGAAGAAGGAAGGGAAGUCUUUUGUCCCAUUGUUGGUUGUGGUGCACGCUUGACUUCGAUGGAGGACUUUGAAGAUCACUACAAUGCAAGGCAUACUGCAUCCUGUUCUGUGUGUUCCAGAGUCUAUCCUACGUCCCGUUUGCUCAGCAUACAUGUAUCUGAAGUGCAUGAUUCUUUCUUUCAGGCAAAAGUUGCGCGUGGUUACGAUAUGUAUGAAUGCUUAGUGGAAAGUUGUGGUUUGAAAUUCAAAAGCUACAACCGUAGGCAGCAGCAUCUGGUUGACAAGCAUAAAUUCCCCACCUCAUUUGAGUUUUUCAAGAAGGCUCGGCCUUCAAAGAAACAUAGAUUGAAGUCCCAACGCAAAAAAGCUGUUUGUAAGGAGGAUGCAUCAGGAAUGAUGGAAGUGGAAAAUGCAGCCAUGGAUGACCUUGUUUCAGCAGUCUCUAAAUUGAGCACUUCUGACUCCACUCCUUCGUCUAUCAGCUUUGGCCGUCGCCCCAAAGGCUUGUCAUUUGUCCCUCGAGCUGUUCAGCGUGGGGGUGGAUCAAACUCGGCAGCAUCCAUGUCAAAGAGAUAAUAAGCUUGCACUCAAACUAAUCUGCCUUCUUAAUUGCUAAAUGAUCAAUAUUCCGAUGCUGCUCCAGUAUAAAAUCUGUGGAUGUCUUGUGUUCAAAGUUUGAAGAAGCUGAUUAAGUUGAAGAUAAGAACAGUAGAAUCAUGCUGGAUGAUAUAAUAACGGCAAACAUUAGUAUAAUCUUUGUGUGCUCCCACUUGGGGCUGUAAGUUUGCCUAACACUGGCAAUGUGCGCAUGCAAAUACACCUGGCUUGGGGUGGAGAUUUUGAGCUUCUUUUUGUCUGAUAUUGUUCUGUAACGUCUAACACCAUUACUGAAUAGCCACUUUGUGAUUUGAAUUGAAAGAAAUCACUCUUAAAACCUUGUCAUAUGUUUCUUGCUGCCGCAAAUGAAUAUCUAGCAAGCUUGCAAAAGUUGCACGCAUCCUCUUUGCAGGAUUUGUAAUUUCUACUCCUGUAAACUUUGGAUUUUGGUUUGCAAGUUAUUACAAGUUUGAGACCACUUGAGAAUUU